CCCUAACAGUGCCUGAAACCAAGCUCCAUAUUAUUUGGAACAUCUGUAUGUUACCUUCAUGCUGUAGUCUCAAACACAGAGUAGAUAUUUUAACAACUGAUGAAGACAACCUGAAAUAGUUGAGUUCUUAUAAGAACUAUGCUGCAAAGAAGCCCUGUCCACCAGUACAACAGUUAGCUUUAUCCUGGAAGUUUUCCUGAAAGCUCAAGAAUUGAUCAGAACAUCAUGAACCAGAUGAGCCAUCCAGGAUUAGAAUAGUCUCCAUGAUCAUUUUGCUUCCAUGAUCUGACUGAAUGACAGACAAUUAUUGAACAACUCUGCUUCAGCUCAUAGUUAUGUACAGAAAAUUAGCAUACAUUUCAAACUGGCAUAAAUUUGAAAGUCCACUCAUUCUUAAGUCCAUUCACUGACAUAAUUGUCAGCCAAGCAGCCACUGCCUCCUCCAGAGAAACCUCUGAGGAUAGAAUUAUUUUCCAAGAAUGUUUGGAAGCUAUUCAAAAGUUUUUCCUUACUUCUCUUUAAUAUCGAGUCAGUCAACAUUGUUAAGUACUUCUCUAUGCCAAGUUAUAAUUAGACCACGCAUAAAACAUUUUAUAUCCUUUAUUCCUCAUACUCUUGUAAGUGAGAAAAUAAACAUUUUCCAUAUUUCUCUCACUCCUGAAGAUUCUGAUUGUAGAAGCUGGAAAGGGGUGAUAAAUUAGGGAGCUCCUAGAAUAUAUAUUUAGGCCUACUCUAUGGAAUUUAUAUAUACUCUCCUAUGAGAAUCUUUUUCUUCAUCACUCUAAGUCCUAACGUAGAAUUAAGCCAACUACAUUUAACUUCCAUUUCUCAGGCUUUUUUGUUAAGAGUUAUCUUGUCAGUGUCUAUGAUUAAGGGCAUCAGUACUUUCAGCAGUCUUAUCAGAGUCUUAACCCCAAGAACCUCUGUACCUUUGGAGGAGAGUUGCUACAUACACCAAGAGAAUGGGCAAUCAUACUACGGUGAGCACAUUCCUUCUGUGGGGAUUUUCCAGUUUCUCAGACCUGCAGGAUCUCCUCUUUGUGAUGGUUUUCUUCUCCCAUGUGACCAUCCUAGCUGCAAACACAUCCGUAAUGCUGGCCAUCAAGCUCAGUCACAACCUUCACACUCCCAUGUACUUUUCCUGUGGCCUCUCCUUUUCAGAAACCUGUACCACUGUGGUAGUCACCCCUCACACGUUGGUGGACUUGCUAUCAGACAGUAAGUCCAUUUCCAUUCCUGAGUGUGCCACACAGAUGUUUUUCUUCUUUGGUUUAGGAACCAACAACUGCUUCAUCUUGGCCGCCAUGUCCUAUGACCGUUACACUGCUAUUCACAACCCACUGCACUCCUCCAUCCUCAUGACCCGGAAGACCUGCUUUCAGCUGAUGAUGACGUCUUGCAUCACUGGGGUUGUGGUGUCACUGUGCAUUGUCCUCAUAGUAUUCAACUUGUCUUUCUGUGACUCCAGCAUCAUCCAGCAUUUUUUUUGUGACAUUACGCCUGUAGUCUCCCUUGCCUGUGAUUACACCAUUUUUCAGAAAAUGAUUCUUCUUGCCUUCACUGCCUUUGUGUUGGUGGGCAGCUUUUUUUUAAUUAUGAUUUCCUAUGUCUUCAUUGGGUCCAUGGUUAUGAAGAUGCCUUCUGCCAAGGGGAGGUAUAAGGCCUUCUCCACUUGCUCCUCCCACCUCACUGUGGUGUGCACACACUAUGGAUUUGCUGGCUUUGUCUGUUUGAGGCCCAAGAGCAGUGACUCAUUCCGUGAAGAUAUGCUGAUGGCUGUGACGUAUACAGCGCUGACACCUCUGCUUAAUCCCAUUGUUUACAGUCUAAGAAACAAAGAAAUGCAGACAGCCCUAAAGAAAGUACUAGGCAAUAUAUGUAGGUUUUCCCCUUAGGUAGUAAAUAAAAGAGCCCUGAACACUUCUAAAAUUUUUAUAGUGCAAACGUUGAUAAAUAAAAGUAGAGAAAGUGAAGUUAUUUUUGCUCAGUCAGUAAGUUGUGUCUAAUUCUUUGUGACUCCAUGGACUGUGGCACACCAGGCUCCUCUGUCCUCACUGUCUCCCAGAGUUGGUUCAAAUUCAUGUCUAUUGAGUCGGUGAUGCUAUCUAACCAUCUCAUCUUCUGCCGCCCUCUUCUCCUUUUGCCUUCACCUGGAGUCCUUCCAAUACAAAUCAUCACUUUGUUAUACAAAGCAAUUAAAAUGUGUUCUAAUGACUAA